GAUUGAUCUAUAACUCGAAGGCUUUGAAUGGUAGCCAGAGGGUCCUUCUUGAUGAUGUCAUUACAACAGACGAAUGUUCUGAGUUGAGAAGUGUGGCACAGAUUUUCACUAUGGGUGGAGAUGGGUACAGAGAAGAGGUGUCCCCUCACACUCCGAAUGAGAAAUUUGAAGGAGCAACACUGUUGAAGACCUUGCAGAUCAGUUAUGGCUUUGAGGGCCGCAUACCCCUAAUCAGCGCUCGUCUCCUCCAUGACGUCAACGAGAAAGUCAGGAGGAUCAUCAAGUCUUAUUCCAUGCUGAAUUCCAUCCUCCAUUUCUCCUACACUCACCUGGUGUGUUGGACUGCAGUUUUGGGACAACAGGACCAUAGGAAUGACCUUAGCCACCCCAUACAUGCCGACUAUUGUCUUCUGGGCCCACAGGCCAAUGAGUGUUGGAAGGAGCCACCUGCUUACACCUACAGAGACUACAGCGCGCUGUUAUAUCUGAAUGGGGAUUUUGAAGGCGGGGAGUUCAUCUUCACAGAGAUGGAUGGAAAAAUAGUCACAGCAUCUGUCAAGGCAAAGUGUAGGAAAAUGCUGGGCUUUUCAUCCGGUGGAGAGAACCCACAUGGUGUUCAUGCAGUGACCAGCGGACAGAGGUGUGCAGUGGCUAUAUGGUUCACCCUGGACCCUCUUUUCAGAGAAAUUCAGACUUCAUUUUAGUAUUACUACUAAUUGGAUAACAGAACAUGCUUAGAAUUCCAGGCAGGAUGGUAC